UUUUCUUUCUUGUUUUUUGUUUCCUUUCUUUUCUUGUUGUUUUUUUUUAUACACACACACAAUUAAAUAUAAUAUCAUUCUAUUAUUAUUUUUUUCUUCCUUUGAUUUCAAUGAAUAUUCCAACUACUCCUACUGUAUGUUCUAGAAGUCCUGAAGCAUUAUUAUCUUUUACGACCAUAACAGCGACUUCAUUGAUACCAUGUUCCAAAACACGUUCGAUACAAACUAAAAUGACAGCAGCACGAUUACCACCUUUAAAUGAAUUCAUUGCUACGGUAUUUCAACGAUCACAACUUCCACCUUGUGUUUGUUUAGUAUCACUGAUAUAUUUACAACGACUUAAAAUGAGUUUACCUCGUCAUGCUCGUGGUGAUGUAGAUACACCUUAUCGUCUCUUUUUAGCUGCUGUUCUUACUGCAAGUAAAUUCAUGUCUGAAACAGGUACUUGUUUAACUAGUCAAGCCAUCACUGAAAUGACCGAUCACGUUUAUACUCCCAAAGAUGUGAAUCUAAUGGAAAGAAGUUUUCUUGGCCUAAUCAAGUAUGAUUUAUUCGUCAAUGUUCAAGGUAUCAAGGAUUAUUUGGCUAUGCAUGGUAAAAUAUUGGAAAUGGACCUUAUUGAAGAUGUUUUGGAUGCUUGAUUCUCAAAAAAAAAAAAAAAACUCCCUCUUUGACCUCCCGCCGCACUCUCUCCCGCCCUAUCUUGUAGUAUAUCUCCCUUUUUUUUUUUCUUAUCUUAUCUAUUGUGUAUAUAUACUUUUUGUAGUUAUUAUUUUUUUUUUUACUAUUGAUUCCUUCAUUUUAUUAUUCUUAUUGAUGAAUUGUAUAUAUCUAUAUCUAUCUAUCUUACCUGUUGUAAAUAAAGUACAUAUAAUCCAUAAUAAUAAUAUAUGUUAUUGACCGUGGAAACUUAUUUACAAAUAGUUGUAGUACCGAAUCACUCCGUUCAAUCAUCAUCUGACUGGCUGUGUUUUGACCUAGAAUUGGGGGGUAGGAGGAGAAUAGAAUUUUUUUUUUUUGUUGUUAUUGUAUUGUUUAAAUGUGG